UUCGGGGGGCCUAAAUUAAUACCUCCCUUUCAAUUUGCGCUCCCCUCAGAGCAAACCGCGCUUUGGAGAAGAGCAAGGGAGGCGAAGAGAGAAGGGAAAAGCCAUGGCCGCUAUCUCUGCACCUUCUGUUCCUGCGUCCUCCUCCGUCAAUGGACGGACCUCCGACGCUCCUUCCGCUCGGAUCUCCUCUUCUAUCUCCUUCCGUCCCAGGCCAUCCCCCUCUCCUUCCUCCUUCCUCGGACGUCCCCUGAACUUGAAGGCCCCGCCCUCGCCCGUCAUUAGGCGCGUCUCCCCCCGGGACUUCGCGAUCCGGGCUAUCGGAUCCAAGCCGACGAUCCUCGUCGCGGAGAAGCUCGGAGAGGCCGGGCUCGAGCUCCUGCGGAGCUUUGCGAAUGUCGACUGCUCGUACAACCUCACUCCAGAGGAGCUCUGCGCCAAGAUCUCGCUCUGUGACGCCCUAAUCGUCAGGAGCGGAACGAAAGUGACGCGGGAGGUGUUCGAGGCUGCGCGGGGCCGGCUGAAGGUCGUCGGCAGGGCCGGGGUCGGGAUCGACAAUGUGGAUCUGCAAGCGGCGACGGAGAGCGGGUGCCUUGUGGUGAACGCUCCGACGGCGAAUACUGUUGCUGCUGCUGAGCACGGGAUCGCUCUCAUGGCGGCGAUGGCGAGAAAUAUCGCUCAAGCCGAUGCUUCCAUGAAAGCCGGGAAAUGGCAAAGAAACAAGUUUGUUGGUGUUUCCCUUGUUGGGAAAACAUUAGCCAUUAUGGGAUUUGGCAAAGUUGGAAGUGAGGUGGCAAGACGUGCAAAGGGCCUUGGGAUGCAUGUAAUUGCACAUGAUCCGUAUGCUCCAUCUGACAGAGCGCGUGCAAUUGGUGUUGAACUUGUCGGCUUUGAUGAAGCAAUAUCAACCGCAGAUUUCAUCUCGCUACACAUGCCAUUAACCCCUUCUACUUCAAAAAUGUUCAAUGAUCAAUCCUUUGAAAGAAUGAAAAAUGGUGUGCGCAUUAUUAAUGUUGCAAGGGGUGGUGUGAUUGAUGAAGAUGCACUUGUUAGGGCACUUGACAGUGGCAAAGUUGCUCAGGCAGCACUGGAUGUAUUUACAAAAGAGCCACCUGCUCAGGAUAGCAAGCUAGUGCAGCAUGAGAAAGUUACAGUAACACCUCACCUUGGGGCCAGCACAAUUGAAGCUCAGGAGGGUGUUGCCAUUGAAAUUGCAGAGGCUGUUGUUGGAGCACUGAAGGGUGAACUUGCUGCCACUGCUGUGAAUGCUCCUAUGGUUCCUGCUGAGGUCUUGUCAGAGCUGGCACCUUACGUCAUUCUGGCAGAGAAGCUUGGCCGCCUGGCUGUGCAAUUGGUAGCAGGAGGAAGUGGUGUAAAAGCGGUCAAGGUUGUAUAUACAUCGGCCAGAGAUCCUGAUGAUCUAGACACGAGGCUACUCCGAGCAAUGAUCACAAAGGGCAUCAUAGAACCCAUCUCAAGCACCUUUGUCAACCUGGUCAAUGCUGAUUUCACAGCCAAACAAAGGGGCCUAAGGAUUAGCGAGGAAAGGAUUGUUCAUGAUGGCUCGCCAGAGGUCCCCCUUGAAUCAAUUCAGGUGCAGAUUGCCCAUGUGGAGUCCCGAUUUCAGAGUGCCAUCUCUGAUUCUGGUGAGGUGAGAGUUGAAGGCAAGGUGAAAGAUGGGAUCCCUCACCUGACACUUGUAGGAUCGUUUAGUGUGGACGUCAGCCUUGAAGGAAACCUGAUCCUGUGCAGGCAGGUCGACCAGCCUGGUAUGAUUGGUAAAGUUGGUAGCAUUCUGGGUGAUGAGAAUGUCAAUGUUAGUUUUAUGAGCGUGGGAAGGAUAGCACCUAGGAAGCAUGCCAUCAUGGCCAUUGGUGUGGAUGAGGAACCUGAAAAGUCUACUCUGAAGAAGAUCGGUGACAUACCAGCCAUUGAAGAGUUUGUGUUCCUCCAGCUAUAGACGUAAACAGGGGGAGAGGUAUUAAUGCGAACUAUAAGAUACCCAUUUUUCUCAUUAUAGGGUACGCUGUAAUUGUCUCCUGUGAGUCAAUAGGCUUGGCUCUUUCUUAGUUUUUUGUUUCUUCUCUCCUUGACCAAGUUUUCCAUUUUCAUAUGCUGCUGUGCAGUAAAUAUAUGGGUGACGUGUCCGAGGUAUGUGACAUUAUGUUCCUGAAAAUAAGAGAGCAAUGAGUAUCAUUUUGUAUUA